AUGUCGGCACACGGGCGGCACGCUUCCUUCGGGUAUCCGACAGCAGGGCCGUUCGAAGCUCCCUUGAGAUAUAUGAUGAAAACGAAGAAUCGCAGAUGGAGUGCGACUGCGCCCGAGGGCAUCAACAACCCGGAAGACCUGUGGGAUACAUACUGGAAUCGCUUCAACUGCAUCAAAAUCCCAGUCUUGGACGAAGACGACUUCUUCAACGUAGCCAUGGAGAUUGCGAAAGUCGCAAAGGACAAGGACGACUUUGAGAGGCUCUUCCAGGAAACGAACAAACAGCGGCAGGAUGCGCAGCUCGAUACGCUCAAGGACGCCAGCGACAAGAUUGGCAGCGGCGAGCAAAAUAUCUUCCCGUGCCGAGAUGCCAAGAGGGCAUUGUCUCGGGCCUGCCUGACGGGCUGUUUUCAGUACUUCCUACGGCUGGUGCAAGGCGGCGUCUAUGGCUGGGAGGCGGACGAGAUCGAGGCCGAGGCUGAAGCUGAAGCUGAAGCCCCGCGUGCAGACGAGGCGGAAUUGUAUGAUGAGGACGGCGUUGAACAUACUUAUAGAAGCUGUAUGCGAUGGUCUAUCGAUGACGACUCUGAAUACGAUUCGGAUUAUGCCGUGCCUGGUGAAACGCACACAAUGGACGAUCUCGAAGCCUGGGCUGCUCGGCAUCCAGUCGUUUCGGGCAAUGGUAUCAUGGGAGCGUCUGACUCUCCCAACGAUAAAGUACGCGCCAAGCAGCAAAUAUCGGCACAUGCGCGAAACAAAACAUGUCCAUCAGAGGAAGGCGGAACGACAGUGUUGAGAAAACAGAAACGAGUUCGAUUCACUAAGGGCGACGAGGCGGAGCAAUCUACACAUAAACGUCGGAAAUUGGAGAGCACUGCGGCGGCGGCGGCGGCGGCGGCGUCUGAUAUUGCUUCUCCGUCGACGCCGCGAAUAUCGAGUGAGAGCCCCGAUAGUGAAAAGGCCAUCUGUGACGGCGACAGCAAUUGUAGAUGCAAGCGUCAAAGAACAGACGGACCGGCACUUGCCCUCCCAUCUCAGCCUUCUUCAUCUACACAACUUCCAAGCGGAAAGACGACUAGGAAGAGAGCCAGUCUCGAUGACGAUGACGGCGAUGAUGCUGAUCGCAGGUACAAACGAAUAAAAGCAGAACAUCUCGCCACACCAAUACCGCAUAUCUCCUCCCCCAUAGCCACAGAAGAUUCACCAAUCAACAGCGCGCCUGAAAGAAACCCAGAGCAAACGACAGAACAACGAACCAGGGGUAAGCAACCCGCCAAGAAGAAGGCCGGAAAAGAGAAGAAAAUCGACAAUGGCGUACGGAAGCGCCGAAAGCAGAGUCCUGCCUCGCGUAUCCCAUCUACAGCAUCUCCCCAGAGCACUCUUAACACGAGGUCUAAAAGGGGAGCCAACAAAUCAUCCACGCUGUGGGAGCUGGAUGGCUCGGAGAGCAAAGACUAG